AUGGUUCCAUUCGAUGUCCAUGUCCACAACGCCCCCGCACUUCCCAAGCACCCAACGUUUAAGUGCUCCACCAAGGAAGAGCGGCGCGUUUUUAUGGCCUCGUACAACUUGUAUACCAGUCAGACGAAUGCUCUCACAGCCAACGGAGUCCGACCUUUCGUGAUACCGGUAAGUGCAUGCAUUGAACCAGGGACCAAGCAACGUGUCGCGGAAUGGGACUUGGGCAAGGAUCCUGAAGACGUCACGGAGAGUGAGUGGGUCGUGUGGUUCAAACAAGGCUACGAUGUGGAGCCUCGGGCACUCAACUCUCUCAAGAAGGGGAUAAAUGCGGCCGUAGUACUUGACAUGUCUAUCCAAGAUUCCGACUCAAGGGUGUGCCGCAUUUUGGACGGUUUGUCGGCUGCUGUCCGUCGCGACCGGCAAGGAUGGGUCUUCCACGAAGAGAGUCAAGCGAUUGUGAAGAUCAUCACUGAUGCCAUCAAACCUGCGUCUCUUUACUGUGCCGUGACCAAGCAGAUGGCCCUGGCGCGGAACAAGACUUUGAAGAAGAACGUCUAUCGAUUCGUGCGUUGGUUGGUUGAGUAUGCGAUUGGUCACUAG